UUGUGAACAGUCGGCAUAUUUGGACCAAUCAUGAGAGGGCUUUGCCUUUAGCAUCCACAGUUAAAUGCGAGCAGUCAAAUCCGUUUGGAAGUGGGCGGAAGUAGCUUCAGAAUCCCUUUAACUCUAAUCUGUAUCUGUGAGCACCACUGUCAACAUGAGUGACCCUUGGCAAGAGUGCAUGGAUCACUGUGUGGAGGUCACCAAGAAAGCUGGGGUGAUGAUCCGCGAGGCGCUCCAGAAGGACAUCGCCGUCAUGCAGAAGAGCUCGCCGGUUGACCUGGUGACCGAGACGGACCAGAAAGUGGAGCAGCUCAUUAUAUCCUCCAUCAAGGAGAAGUACCCCACUCACAGCUUCAUCGGUGAAGAGUCGGUAGCAGCCGGCGCUCCUAGCAUCCUCACCGACAACCCCACCUGGAUCAUUGACCCGAUCGAUGGCACCACCAACUUCGUACACAGGUUCCCCUUUGUGUCCGUAUCAAUCGGCUUCACUGUGAAGAAAGAGAUAGAGUUUGGGAUCGUGUACAGCUGCAUCGAGGAUAAGAUGUACACAGCACGGAAAGGGAAAGGAGCUUUCUGCAACGGAGCCCCGAUCAAAGUGUCAGGACAGGAAGAUAUCAGCCAAUCAAUGGUUCUGACUGAAAUGGGCUUCAAGAAAGAUCCAGAGAUUUUCAAGACGAUGAUGGCCAACAUCAAGACCAUCCUCACCAUCCCUGUACAUGGUAUCCGCUCUCCGGGUAGUGCAGCGAUCAACAUGUGUCUGGUGGCGUGUGGGUCAGCUGAUGCUUACUACCACAUGGGCAUCCACUGCUGGGACAUGGCCGGAGGGGCGGCCGUGGUUACUGAGGCCGGAGGAGUUAUCAUGGACAUCUCAGGUGGACCCUUCGAUCUGAUGUCUCGGAGGCUGAUCGUGGCCAGCAGCAGAGCGAUAGCAGAGCGCAUCGCCAAAGAGAUAACAGAGUUCCACGUCGGCAGGGACGACACAGAUGGCUAAUAAAUCCCCAUCGUUCCCCUCAGCAAACUCACCAGGUUUUUAAACACACAACUGUUUUACAUUUAACACUCCGGGAUGACGUCUUUGCCUUAAGAACCAAAACAAUAAACGUACCUCUGAAGAGCAGCCGCGCGGGGAUAUUAAAGAAACGGCGCUCAGACAUUCAGCCUUUUUUUUUUCUCUGCUUAUUACAAGUCAGUGUUCAUUCUCUGCACUUUCUCAACCUUUUCUUGUGUUGACAUAAAUCAAGUGAGAAAUAUUGAUUAUGUCUGUUUGUCUUAACGCACUUGUUUUUAUGAUAUUGUUUCUAUUCAGCCUCACCUCUUGUCUAUUUAUAUCCAUUACUGUGCACAGUGCAAUCAGAGCAGCAUCACUGGUAAAUACAUCUAUUAAAGUUUUAAUGUAGGA